AUGGCAGAAAAAUUACUUAUAGCGGUUGGAAUGACCGCUAGUGCAUUUAUCACGGGUAUAUCCGUGAUCGCUGUAGUUUUCCUCUUCAAUGAUAUCAAUGAUUUGUACAGUGGACUUAUCGUUGAAUUGACUGAUUUCAAGGACAUAGCAGAUGAUACAUGGAGUAAAAUCCUAUCCGCCCGGUCAAAUGAGUUCCUGAAUGGAAACGGAUAUAACCGUGGUUUUGAGAGUCUUGCUUUGAGAGCCAAACGACAAGUUCCAUCUCAUUGCCAAUGUAGCGCAUCAUAUAGUCAAUGCCCAAGAGGUCCACCUGGUCCUAAAGGUGAUCCAGGAUUGAAAGGUCUUGAUGGACCAGCUGGUGAUGAUGGACGUCCAGGUGUAAAUGGUGUUGCACUUUUAGCUACCUUCCAUAUUCCUGGUGGUUGCAUUGAAUGUCCAGCAGGACCACCAGGACCACCUGGUAAACCUGGUCUUGAGGGUGGUAUUGGUUUGCCAGGUGAUUGCGCAAGAAGAGGACCAGAUGGCAAACCUGGACCACCUGGAAAAGCUGGACCACCAGGUGUACCAGGUGAUCAAGGACCAGAUGGUCCUCCUGGUAAACCUGGUAAACCUGGGAAAGAUGGUAAGCGAGGUGUUGGGCCAGUUGGACCAAAAGGUCCUAAAGGACCACCAGGUUCAGCUGGUGAAGCUGGAAAAAAUGGUGCAAAAGGAAGUGAUGGAGAAUCUGGUGAACAGGGACCACAAGGUGCAGCUGGAAAAGAUGGAAAACCUGGCAAAGAUGGUAAAGCCGGAAAGCCAGGUAGUCCAGGUAUACCAGGACCAGAUGCUCAUUAUUGUCCAUGCCCACGACAUGGAGAAUACAAGAAGCUUCGAUCAUAG